UUUUAUUUUUGGUAUAUUGUUGGAAGACCAUCAAAAUCUCAUAUUUAUUUUUCCGUGUCAAAACAAGAACCAAUUGAUUCUAGUGAGUGAAAAACAAAUCUGAGAUGUUUUUGAUAGCCGAGGCGUCUGCAUGUGUGCAAUCAUGUUUGUGUCACAGCCAAAACAUCGUUGAUGGUCUUGAGAUGAGAUUUGCGUCUCAGAGGGUUCUCGGAUGGCGAGUGUUUAUGACCUUGCCGCGGUCUGAUAAUCACGGGCUCCAAAUCGCCGCUCGGUGUCACACUCAAUCUGCAGAUAGAAAGAGCACGCUGUGUAUCUUUCUUGCUCUUUUUAUCAAAGAUGCCAUCAUACUGAAUGUGCUGCAUGUUACGGUUGAAGAAAAUAAUGAAGAAAAUAAUGAAAAUAGAAAUAGUCUGAUCGGAGUAAACCUUUGUUAAGAGUACAAGCAGUGCUAUAAGUAACAUUUUGAACUGAGCAUGGCCAUGAUUAGAAUCUCGUCAUUUAACAAUGGACACCAAAAGAUAAUUGAUUUGGCUCAAAAUUAAAAAUCACAAAACGUUUUUCUUGAAUCUGAUUAAAAGGUCAUAUUCGAUCAAUACAUUGUCUACAUAAUAUUUAAAUGAUGGAUAAAGAUAAUGAAGGCAACACAUGCUGUGUGUAUCUAUAUUUGCCUACUAUCAAAAUGUACAAAUAUAUACUGAGCCUUCAUGAUUACCAUAUUUUCCGCUCUAUAAAGCACACCUGAAAGCCUUCAAUUUUCUCAAAAGCCGACAGUGCGCCUUAUAAUCCGAUGUGACUUAUAUAUGGAUCGUUAUUGGUUAAUCCUAGCAUGGCAUUCCAUUUAGCGCAGCUCCAUCUUGUGGUUGCAUAAUGCAAGGCCAACCACAACUACUACUACUACUACGCCUUAUGAUGCAGUGAGCCCUAUACAUGAAAAGGGUUUUAAAAUAAGCUAUUCAUUGAAGGUUCGUGUUAUACUCUGAUGCACCUUAUCGUGCGGAAAAUACAGUAAUUUUUUAUUUUCCCUGCAGCGCAUCCUAUAGAGAAUGACGCACCACAUGAUUAAUCUGUUGUAUGAUGCCGCCUCGAGUUUAACUUCAUUACAAUAUUAAUGCAUUAGAAGAAUGUUUGUGUCAUGUUUGUCCUCCCACAGAAACCAUAUUAACCCUUUAUUGCCAAAUUUAUCAUAUUUUACACGCCUAAAAGUUCAUGAUUUUGAGACUAAUUCAGAAUUUUGACAUGUCUUUUUGAAAAAAAAAAAAAAGAUGGAUGCAAGUCAACACAUGCAUCUGCAGGUUCCAUGAGGAAAAAAAACACAGGAUUUAGCAAGUGUUUUAGAUAUUAGAGUGCUUAUUACACAUUCAUUUUGACUUUUCUUUUUACAAAUUUGGAAAAAAAUGUUUCAUUAGGACCUUAUUUUUCAAAUUUUUGGAUUCUCCAAUAAUUGCUUCAUGUUGCAGGUAUUAAAGGGUUAAAAACUAAAAAUAUAUUUACCUACCCCAUCUUUUUCCAUUUUCAAACAUUAAUGAAAAAGCUCCGAGAACCACUAGGGCAGCACUAAAGUGCCGCAUGUAGCUCUAGAGCCGCGGGUUAUUGAUCCCUGGGUUAAAUGGUCUGUGCUCCAUCGGUAAGAAAAAAACCAGGAUCCACAGUGGCCCGUGAGGACCGGUUUGGGCACCCUUUGCUCUACACAAUGACCUAUAUUGUGUAGAGCAGGGGGUUCCCAUUACGCCGAUUUCGAUCAACCAUUCAAUCCUAAUGCUAGUGUGGGUAGCUCGUGGCAUCAAAAAUAAAUAAAUAAAAAUGUUGUGUGCCAACAUAACCCCAUAUGUUUCUCACACAACAUAAUUAAGUAUGCACAUUUAAAAAAUAUUUUUCUUCUUUCUUCCUCUCACGUUUUGCAUAAUGAAAACAAAUACCGUAUACGAUUUCCAAUGACACAUCAAACAUUUUACUAGGAUUUAUCAUCUGAGAAUUUGCCACUUGAAGUUGAGUAGUCUGUGCAUCUUGGAUUUUCAGGUUCUAGGGUUUAGUUCAAUGGGGUAUUGAUCAAGCUGAAAAAGCAUUAUCAAUGGAGCCCUGAUUCAAUGAUUCAUAGCAACAGAGGUCCACACUUUUUAUAUAUUGUGCUCAUAUGAACACAAAAGAAUGAUGAUAAAUGAGUUAAAAUCAAAUAAAACUAAACUCAAAGAGGCGGAAAGUGGGAAAUCUGAAAAUCAAAUUAAAUUACUAAUCAGAGUCUGAGGCCCCAGGACGACAUUAUUAACAGAAUAUCAUAUGAAAGUAAUGUAACUGAUUUACACAUCAUUCACCUCUAAUUUGGUAAAGCAUCUCCUUUAUGGCUUUGACAGCUUUGCUGUUUCAGAGAGGACACAGUUUUCUGCCCCACAGCAUAAAGUUGCCUUACUUUAAUGCUCAAAUUCACAGAUAUUAUUAAAAAACCGACUUCUGUUUGCAAUGAAACAUGUUAGUGUUCCCUUUAUUUUUUGAGCAGUAUAUAUAUACAUAUAUUUGUGAAUGAACAUAUUUUUAUUAUUAUGUUGACUGAGACUAAACAAAAUAAAAAUAUUUACAUCCAGAUAAAGUCAUUUCAUUUAAAUACAUAACAUAAAAAAAGAAGAUCCUUCCAAAAAGUUUUUUUUCCAGUGUUGACUUUCGGAUUUUUUAACAAGACUUCCAAAAACUUGCCUGCUGACUGAAUGAGGAAUUGAAUAGGCGUGUGGUUUUGAAAGAGGGUAGGAAAAGAAAAAACUCAAAGGUUUUUAGUUAAACCUGACACUGACCAGGUAAGAUGCAGACUUGGCUGUCAGAGUAGCAGGCACAUAGUUUUAGUUACAGCUCUUUAAAACAACAGGCUGGAGUUUACCCUCUUAUGUUUGAAUAACCUUUGUGUAGCCGAAUACAGUCCCCUGAGUUUCACCUAUUACCGAGUUAAUAUACUCUGAGUUUUUAAUUAAACCUACUUUGUGAAAUGGAUCUCAGUUCUGUCCACUGCCAAGCACUUGCCUCACUAUUCAAAUUGCAAGGUGACUGCUGUCUCAGACUGUCGUCAACUUCUGUCUUCUUUCUAAGAAUCAUUCAAAUCUUCAUUAAUUAUUAUAUUUAUUUUUAUCUUAAGAAUACUUUGAAAACUUAAUGUUUUUUAUGAUUCACACAUUGUUUUUUCUAACCAUAUAUUCAGUAACACACAAAGCACUAGCGGGUGUAAAAAGACCACAAGACCAAAAUAGACCAAUCAGAGGCCAGUAUCUUCAAAUAGAAACAAGCUAUGCUAUAAUUAUUCUGCUUAUUAUGCUGAAUCAUGAUGCAUUUGCUGGGUAAUUUUAGCUCAUGAUGACAUAGAAUUAUAAUAUUAUGCCAAUUUUCAACAUUAUAGUAAUAAUAAAAUGAUACUCCAGCUUUUAAUUUUUUAGUACCACAAUUAAUUAUAUUAAUAAAUUCACACUGUAAUUUUCAUUAAGUCUAGGCUCUUAAUUCUUCUGUUUUAGUCAAAUUUAUUCAGGGCUAGCAUAACUCCAUUGCUACUAUCUAGUGGUCGAUAGUGAAUGUGUACCCAUAGUAAACAGGAGGCAGAAUAAAAUAGAGUAACAAUGGUGAACCCCAAACCACCAACGAUGGGGUAUCAGUGUGAACUCUUGAACCACUGAGACAAUUUUGGAUGCUGCCAUUUUCUAAAAUGAAUUGUGGUCUUGUUGUGAGAAGAUAAUCCAUUUCCCGAAGCGGUCUGUUAAAAAUGAAUAAUUGUAAGAUCAAAGUAAACUAAGUAAUUUUUAAUUUUGGGCUUAUCCUUAUUUACUACGCCAAUCUUGGGUUAUAUCGCCAUUCAAAAUGGAUAGGUUUCUUGGUGUGAUAUCACAUAACAAUAACUAAAAGUCUUGUUGAAAAUCAUCCGUCUUGCCCUUGAUUUAUAUUACCUACUAUUAUACCAUAUACAGGGGUACCUCGACAUACGAUCGCAUUGACAUAAGAUGCUUUCGACACUAGACGAAAAUUUUGACUCGUCAUUUGUCUCGACAUGAUAACAUGCCCAAAAUAAGAUGAUUUAUGACAGCGUCACAAUUUCAUUGUUUUCCCGCAAGACGGCAGCACGCUGGAUUUUCAUGUGAGGGAAAUCAACAUGGGUCCCAAGAAGGUUAGUGCAGGUGGUGAAAAAAGGAAAAAGGUGACGCUUCUCAUUGAAAUUAAGAGGGAAAGGAUGGAAAAAUAUGAGCGUGGUAUGCGGGAGAUCUGGCCAGAAUAUGUCUACGAUUUUGAGGACGACUUUCAUUAUUAUUAUUGUAACAUCGGCAAGAAAAUCGCCAGCUUCGGCAGGUUUUUAAUUAUUUAUUUCUGAGCUUGUGUAACACAACACCAACAACAUGAAAACAGUAAAAACUUUUGCCUGGCAUGGCCAGAUUGUUCUCCCUGUAUUUUUUAAACACUGGGAGAUUUGGGACCCAGCUCCUCAUUGGCCCCUCAAGCCCGAACGAAAGUAACCCUGCAAUCAGAUUCGUUUAUUUGGGUGACGUGUUCUUAACGAACAACGUCAAUCUUGUGCGUCUCCACAACAACACAGAUGGCAAACGGGAGAGUCGAGAAUAUGUUCCAAUCCGCAGUAAAUUCAGUUUUAAAUGACCAAAAACAGAUCGAAUCGCUAAAACCAACAGUCUGUCCCGCGCUAGCCAUAUUGAAUAAACCUUCUUCACUCUCCUCCUUUACCAACGUCACGUCAGCAGUCGCUGAUUGGUCCACUCCUCUGUCUCUUUGUGUGGCUUGCCCCGCCCUGGAAAUUUGAUUGGCGAAACGGUCGCCAGACUUUAUCGCUGGAACAGCGCUCCUGAGACUUCCCGCUCUCUUUCUCGCUUUCACUUAAGAGGCGAAUACAUUUUGGGACGUUGUGGAAGUGGAAAAGCCUGUCAACUGAGAUUCUUCAUAGUGAAGUCUGUGUUCUUGAAAAGUGAACAUCGGGUUCAACUAGACUAAACAGCAAAAAGGUGUCUGUUACUCCCUGCCUGGCUUGCCUCAAGUCUUGUCUUCAAGUUGCUGUAGACCAGUUGUGGACGCUCAAGGGUGGUAGGGCGUCCUGGUCUGGGGAUAUGAGUACCAGCUGUUGGGACUGUCUCCAGAACCUUUCCAUGUGGAGCACCUAAAAUGGGGGGAAAGCUAAAACUCGAUUUCUGAUUAACGUGAAGACCACGCCCAACCUUCCUCGUGCCACACCGGUGCCCCAGCAAGAUCCUCUGAGCUUUGUCUCUUUUGCUGUCCUUCUGUCCUGACGAUGGCGGUUAAGGUCCUCUAUCUCCUGCUCCUUCCGACUUUAUUGUUCCUGCGACUGCCCACAGUGGUCAGCGGGGACUGCUGGCUUAUCGAGGGUGACAAAGGUUACGUUUGGCUGGCAAUUUGCAGUCAGAAUCAGCCUCCAUAUGAAACCAUACCCCAGCACAUCAACAGCACGGUUCAUGACCUAAGGCUGAAUGAGAACAAGCUAAAGGCCGUACUUCUCACCUCCAUGUACCGAUUCACCAAUCUUACUGACCUCAACCUUACAAAAAACGAAAUCAGCUACAUCGAGGAUGGGGCCUUUGCUGGACAGGCCAACCUUCAGGUUCUCCAGCUUGGUUACAAUAAGCUGACCAACCUGACAGAAGGCAUGCUACGAGGCCUGGGUCGGAUGCAGUGCCUCUUCCUUCAACACAAUCUCAUUGAGGUCAUCGCCACCAAUGCCUUCUGGGAGAGCCCCAGCCUCAGUAGCCUGGACCUGUCAUCCAACAAGCUGGCACGCCUGGAUCCGUCCACCUUUUCAAUCCUUAACCGCUUGCUAGUGUGUGAGCUUCCUGGGAAUCCUUUCCACUGCGGUUGUGAGCUCUACAGCUUUCUCACCUGGUUGGAAGCCUUCAAUAAUGUCACGCACACAUACGACCGCCUCCAAUGCGAGACUCCUCGUGAACUCAACGGUUAUCCUCUUCUUGGCCCCUCCUCGGGACAUAAGAGGAAUGCCCGAGUGAUCCUUUCCAAUAGGUGUCAAGAUGGUGUGAUCAUUCCGGGCAUUUCAUCAACAGGACCAGAACUAGACGGCUCUGGCAUGGGUGUGGAUAACCCAGAUCCUGGCCUGUACCCCCAGCCAAACAUUUUGUCAACCCCUGACCCUACCUACAACCACCAGUUCUCAAUGAAACUCCAGACCGUGUCACUCUUCAGCGCAGUUGUGGUGGUGCAGAUACCCCGACCCUACAGCAAAAUGUACGUCAUGUCGCAGUACAACCAAACCUUUGUGACGGACGUCAUGCCACUGAAGAACAAGAAGGAGGUGGUAACGUUGGAUAAACUGCGGCCGCACACCAAUUACACCUACUGUGUUGCCUCUGUUGGAAAAUCUCAGCGCUACAACCACACUUGCCUGUCAUUCACCACACGGGCUGUGGGACUAGCGGACCAUCGCAGCAACCCGUCCACCACCACACACUACAUCAUGACUAUUCUGGGAUGUCUCUUUGGAAUGGUCAUCGUCCUGGGCUGUGUCUACUAUUGCCUCAGACGGCGACGUAUCCAGGAGGAGAAAGAGAAAGCAUUGAGUGUGAAAAAAACAAUUCUGGAAAUGAGGUAUGGACCGGAGGCGGCAGCGGCGGUGGCCAACGACCCGGCUGCAAUGCAGCGGCUCCAAGAUCAGGCCCACCACCAGCACCACCAUGGAGGGGCAGCAGGCAGCAAGCUCCCCCCAUCAGCCUCUUCUAGUACAGGAAUGCUCCACGGCUCAGCCAACACCACUUCUUCCCGCCUCUCCAGUUUACCUCAGAUGGAGAAGAUGGCCAGUGCCUUUUCUGAGGCCAUGGGUGCCAAGGGGAGCUACAUGGAUGUGAGGACAGCAGGGGUAGCCGGGGAAGGACGAGACGGGGAAAUGGUAUCGGUGGGUGCAGGUGGGGAGGUUGUUUUGGAUAUGCGAGGUGGCGGAACUGAAAAGGGGGUAGACAUAGCGGAGGAUUCGGAUGACGAUGGACGUGGCUCGGCAUCCGAGAUCUCUACUAUUGCCAAGGAGGUAGACAAGGUAAACCAGAUCAUCAACAACUGCAUUGAUGCUCUCAAACUGGACGCCUCCGCUAAUGUGGAGAAUGCUAAUGUCCUGACCUCUCCGCAACCUCCUGUUUGCAUGGCGUCCCAGCCGCGUAACCUUCUGCCCCUCGGUCAAGAAGAUCAAAUCAUGGCCUCUUCCCCAAAGGUACACCCAAAGUCCCAUCCGCAAGCUCAAACCCCUCCACACCCUCAAGCUCAUCCUCAGCUGCACCAGAAGCCUCUUCCUCCCUCCAUGGCUCCAGUGCCCCUGGUGAUGCCACUGUCAGAGCGGCCAGGUAUCAGUGGCGGGGGGUUCCUUUCUCCUCCAUACCGUGACCCACCGCCUGCCAACGCGGUGCGCCCCCUUCAGAGGCAAUCUAGUGCCGACACCGCUGUGACCAAGAACCGUUGCGGACCCUCUGCUGCUGGGGGAACGGUGAAGAGCGGCCGGGUGUUCAGCGUGGAUGUUGCUGAGAAGCGUUGUGACCCACCCAAGUACCCAUCAGAAAGAAGCAGCCCAGUGGGUAGUGGAGUAGGGGGCUGUAACGGCAUGGGGAGCAUAAAUGGGGGUGGUGGUGUAAGCAUUAAUGGCGGUGGCAUGACAUGUAGUAAUGGAAGUGGAGGUCGAGGUGGGGCGUCUGCUCAUGGUCUGCAACAGCAUCAACACCAUCUGGAGGUUCAACCUGAUUACCACAGCUCAGAACACCGUCAUUCCUUCCCCGCACUCUACUAUGAGGGUGGCAGUGAGUCACCCUCACCUGGCCAGAAGGCGUCCUUCCUUAAACCACUAGGACGCUCUAAGAGGGAUUCCACAGCCUACUCGCAGCUGUCACCUGCCCGCCAUCAUCACCACUACAACUCGGGGUACUCCUCCAGUCCCGAGUACUCGUCAGAAAGCACACUGCGAAUCUGGGAGCGAUUUCGCCCAUACAAGAAGAACCCCCGAGAGGAGGCUUCCUACAUCGCGGCGGGUCACGCCCUCCGUAAGAAGGUGCAGUUUGCCAAGGACGAGGACCUUCAUGACAUUUUGGACUAUUGGAAGGGUGUUUCCGCCCAGCAGAAGCUGUAAGAUGAGUCGUUUAGCAUAAAAAACAAAGUUGGAUGACAACAACAGACUAAAAAUGAGGAUGAUGUAGCAGGACAUACAGUAUUUCCUCUCAGUUCCUCAUUGGAGGGAAGGAUGUAUAUUUUUUCGUGAAAUGUUUUAAAGUAUUCAUCUGCCUCCUAGUGGGCACUUUGGUCCUCGCAGGGGUCCAACGAAGCGUUAUCAGGGGUCUCAAACUCAUUUUCAUAAUACCCACAUCUUAUUUGAGGGGCCAGUGCUGUGAAAAUCAUACAGAUGUGUAAAGUCAUGACCUCAUCCUUUUACACUGAACCGUUGCGCAUUCACGAUUCAGCAAACGGCAAAUUCACCUAUUUGCAGAUUUCUGGCCUUUUCUCAGUUUCGCUGCCAUUUCAUAAAAACAAUGAUUUGGCACCAUAUGGUGUCGUGUAGGCAGUUAAAAAGCUUUUUGUGUUGGCCUCAAUCACUGGCAGCUAAUCGCUAAUUUCCUAAUCGUGGCAGGCUUUAGACUCGGUCUAUAUUCUCCACAAAUAACAGGCUUUCAAUCUACUGUGUAUGCAUAAAUUACUCUUAUAUUAAUUGUUAACACCAAAUCAAAUUUCAAUUCAGAAGGCAUGUAAAAUUGUGACAUACAAAAUGGUGUUCUAUUUAUGUUAAGCUUUUGAUGGAGAAAAAAAAAAAUCCUGUUAGCAUUGAAAAACGCAACUAUUGUCGAUUUUUUUUUUUUUUUUGGGUGAAAAUAACAACAAUAUCUCCAUUUAACAAGAAUCAUUAAGUAGAUGUGUCAUCAAACCAAAUAGCUUAAGUGAUGCUGCGCGUGGGAUAUAGUCCCUUGAGUUUGACAUCUGUGAGCUAAACAAGGGUAAUUUUUCCUUUUUUUGGUUACAAACUACCUCAUUACUGGGGGGACAGUGAAGCCAAGCAAUCGCUCUGCCAGCAGCCGCCCUUUUCUUGGCUUAAUCUGGCACUCUUGCUCUUUCUUCCCUUCUAAUUCCGUGAAACCGUGGUUCACUCAACAAUCGGUACGCUGCACCGCCAACACCUGCUCCUCCUGCACAAGCACCAUUUAGUGAGAUAAUGAGCAAGCGGGAUGCGGGAUUAAGCAGGUUUGUUGGAGAGUAGUCGCUCGCUCUUGUGCGGGGGCAACUAAUGGACGGCAGACGAUAGUUAUCGGACAAAUUUUCCUUGUUGGCAAUUAAUUGUGCAUAUUGAUUUGGGAAACAUACUGAACUGCAUGAACUGGUCAGGCGUGUGUGUGUCAUGUGGGGGUGUGCGGGUGGGCUUGUGUGUGUGGAUGGGCUAGCGAAAAAGCAGGAUUGAUUUUUUUGUUGUUGUUGCUUGCACCAUCCUAACUUUGUAUAGCAUGGUUUACAUAAAAACAAAAAGCACUUGCCAAUUUAUCGACAAACACUCAAACCUUGAAGAUAUGCCCCGCUCGCAAAGUUAAUUUAGGCAAAGAAGCUUCUUAAUUUAGGAGCAGUUUACAUGGUGAAAAUCCAAGAAUACGACACAUUCAUGUUUGCAUUCACAUGGUUCCGUCUCCAUUCGAACGAUGUCGAAAUUCUUAGUGAAAACGAUGUCGUCUUCAUGCCAGGCCCCAGGGGGCAAUGCAGUUUUACAAGGCAACAGCCAAUGAUGCACUUCCUUGACAACAACCUCAGCCCGGAAGACAUCAUAGCUGCCCAUUCGAAGCAAUGCCGUCCCUGCGUUUUUUUCUUCUGCUCCAAAAGGCAUAAAAAAGCAAACAUAAAAUAUACCUAAAUGUAAAGAUUUUAAAAACAUUAAAUCCAAUGCUCCACCAUGUUUGUUGUUUUGAAUGUUUACUAGCAUCGACUACGUAUGCCCAGAGUGACGUGUGCGAAUGCCGACGUCAUCGGAGCGAGAGCGUUUCAGUCGUAUAGUUACAGCGCAAUCCCCACAAACGAAUCGUUCCGCUUUGGAGGCCAGAGUCAAAAAUGUGCGCUUUUGUCUUCACCGUGUAAAGGCGAGGCCAUUCCGCAACACAAUUGUUGCGUCUUGGUGUCGCAGUGUCACCAUGUAAACGGCCCCUUAGAAUCCCUUAACUAUGUUGGAGAGCUGGCUCUGAUUGUGGAUCAUUUGGUGAUCAUUUUACUUGGAAACACAAAACAAACUAUCUUUAAAAUUUUGACUUUUUCAUGCAACCUGCUGGAAAGACAUGCCUGCAAACUUAGGUGCCCACGUGAUGUUACUUUUAGUAUAUUACUUUUAUACAAUGCCUUUAAAAAAAAAUUUUUUUUUUUUACUUUUUGGAGUGUCAUAAGACGUCAGUGCCAUGCUCUGCCGACACGCAUUUACAAAGACAACAAACAAUCGGAAUUAUCACCCGUGUUUCUACAAUGCCUUUUUCCGAUUAAGGGUCUUAGCAACUGUUUAAAACUUGCCCAAAAAAGAACUGCUUCAAACAUAUAUGGUCAACCUUAAUAUUUUUGGUCAUGGGUUCUGGAGAUAUUUUCUGUGCAUUCAAUUAUGAUCGCUGUGUCUACCAAAUUUCAUGCAAGUUGCUGAAACUUGUCUUAAUUUAUUGCCCCGCAAUGAUCAACUGGUCACAUAACUUAAUCCUUAAUUAAAUAGUCAACACAUUGUUCAAAGUAAAGCAUGCGCCCCUGAGAUUUUUCUUUCCAUCUCCUGUUAUUCUCGAGAAAGCCACUAAAUUACAGGUUGAUCGGUGGGGGGGAAAAAAAACAAGAUGAUUUCUUUGCACCUCGAGAUGCAACAACUUGGGAAAAGAAAACACGUCAAGUUGAAGCACAGCAGCGUAAAAAUGGAGCGUAAGUGGCGCGAAAGCCUAAGGGAUCACUCUACCUCCAACACAUAAGAAACCUGCUGCGGACCAAAGUGCUCUCAGGGAUGCUUAAAUACCACUUUGGCUUUCUGGGGGAUUGUCACUUUUUCUGUUAUGAUUAAUUUUACGGGGCCUGUUGUUGUUGUUGUCUAGGCUGAAUUUGUGUGGCACUAUCAUUUCUGUCCCAUCAAAAACUAGAAGCAAUUUGUUAGACUAAAUAAAGUAGAAAUAGAAAAUUAAUUGAAAAUAAUGACCCAUCAGCUGCCUCUUGUGGGGCACUGCAUCUAGUGCUCUAAUCAGUACUCUAUAUUAAACAGAAAAGACGUUGACGGAAAAACUGUCCCAACUGAUGCAUCUGUGAGGCACUUGCCCCAAAUCACUAUCCUCUAAUUGGUGCAAAUAAAAUUAUGGUGGGGAACUGUGCUCCAGGCCCUAAUUGAUACUCUAUUUAAUCCAAAAUCAGUAAAAAAUACUACUUGGUGAAAAACUAGACCGUCUUUCUCAAUAACGCUCCUAUGUAUUAAAUAUAGAGCACAUUUUGGUUGACCUGAGAAGAUCACUACAUAACACAGGAUCUGUUUUUUCCCACCCCUUUAUUUUGCUUGGAAAUUAAUUUCCUGGAAACGUGACAUCCCUCCAAUUCGUCUGAAAUUUUCCUUUGAUUUAUUACUAUUAAAGGGAUAGUAGCUUUUUGUAAACAUUUUGUUUCAUUUAGCAUGCACACUUUGACACAAAAAGAGGUACAAAUGCUGGAAAUUCAUGAAUGUUUUGUAACCCAGGUUGGCCAGGGGGUCCUCACAGGCGUUGACGUUGGAGCUCCUCCCUACACCAGCCAUCAGGACCCCUUACCUCUCCCACAGCCAAUAGUCAGCCUCACCUUUCAGCAAAUGUGGCCGCUCGUUUGUCAUUCUGUGACACACCAUAUGUAACGUCCCCAUCUAAUCUGAAGCAGAACUUCUCCAAGGCCGUUAGCUCGCUCAGCCAGCAUCCCACAAGAGAGUCGUAAAUCCCCCCGUGUUAAUAUAUUUAUUAUCAAGGAAAAUUUUCCUGUAGAAUUUAUGAAUACGUUGAAAAAUAUUAAAGUAAAUCCUUCUCUUGGUGAUGCAAAACAAAUCUGUUGGCCAAAACAUCAAAGCCACCACACCUGUUUCUGGUCAUUCAUUAAUCAUAAUCAAAAUAAUUAACUAAUUAAUCCAAAUCAAAAUCAAUGUUCUUGUAUGUCCAUAAUAGGUCAAUUUCACCGAUUUUUGAAAGCCUCAUGAAUGUCUCACAUUUACUUUAGCAGGGUUGACACAUCUUGUCUUGAUUUCCUAUAAUAGGUCAGUUUGACUCAUUUUAAAAUACCUUUGCAGCUUGUCUCACUUUUAUGACAGCUGGUCAUACUGAACCAUUUGUAUAUCUGCACUAAUAUUGAUUUGACUGCAAAGGAUGAAUUUGACCCAUUUUUGAAAUCCUAACAAUUGCUGUGUCCUGAUUAAGGUUCUGCAGCCUCCACCGGAAACGGAAUAUCCUGCAGGAUCUAGCUGCUAGAUCAUUAACAUUCACAACUUUUAACUGAAUGUAGGCAUUUUGGUUUAAAGUACAUGGUGCUGGUCUCUCAGAUAAGUAAAAAAAAAAUAUGGUAAAGACCAAUGUGAAAUUGGAAUCCUUACAUUUAUACUGUAUGUCGUGUCGCCAAUAGGUGCCGCCGUUUAAGUUGAUUUCUUGCAGCAGAUAAAGCAUCAUGGCAGACAUCGGUGGGCAAAGGAUAGUGGCAUGUAUCCUCCAAAUUGGCUCAAAAUGGCUGAAAAGAAGAGCGCAUUUGGAGUAUCCUUCGGAUUUUAUUGAAUUGAAACAGCCUUGGUGCAGUGGUGUGACGUAACCAGCCUUCACAUGCAGGAUUCAAAGGCUGCAGAACCGCAAUUGGUAAAUAGACCUUAUUUUUUACUGGACAGGAUGUCACAAUUUGUCUAAAUUUUGAUGUUGCAGACCUGUUUUGAAAUUUUGGUGAUUUGUCAUAAUUUUAAAACAAUGUUUAAACCAUUUAAAAAUCACCCUUUUAAAGUAAAUAGAUAUACAGUAAGUGUAAUUGGACUUAGGUAAUACAUAAAAAAAAAAAAAAAAAAAAAAAAAAAAAAAAAAAAAAAAAAAAACGGAAUAUGAAAAGCUACAAUAUUUUCCAUGCUAAUCCACCAAGCCUUUAAGCGUUUUUAGCGCCCCAUCCAAGGCAUCCCGACAAUGUCAUCAGAUCGAUUCCGGAUGGGUGGGACUAUGUAAGAAUGUGAUCGAAUAUUUUCCCAUUCUGGCCUUUUGCUCCGUUUGGCUCAAAGGCAAUGACAAUCAAUAAGCUUUCAGAUUAACACCACAGGCUCUGCAUUGAUGAAGUACCUUCUAAAAGUAAUGGCUUCAUGUAGGAGGUGUUUGUGGAAGGCGACUUUCACCUGCACACAACCCCAACGCAUUUUUCUCACAUAACACGAUCUUAGUCAUUCAUAGAGCACCAUGCCUCGAUAGUAUUUCUUGCACACAUAACAACAAGGUGGAUUUUAUAGAAAAGUCUCUUUAUUUGAAGCAAUACACUAAGCUUAAUGGAGUCACUCCAUAUCAUUUUAUGGCACUUAUACACCACAGUAACAUUGGUAACAAUGUGACUAUCAUUCAUUAUUUGACGCUCACUUAAAUGUGUUCUUCUGUGUUUAUUUUAUUUGAGAACAAAAUAUAAGAAAACACAAAAAAUAAAACAAAACAAAAAAUGCUAGCAGUAAAUUCGCCAAUAAUUUAUUAAGUUUUUUAAUCUGUAAAUAAAUUUAAAAAAAGAAACAGACUACCCUAAUUUUUGCACUAUAAGGCGCACCUGACUAUAAGCCGCCACCAGUGUUGUUAAUCUUACUUUAAAAAAGUAAUUAAUUACAGUUACAAAUUAGUUCUCCCAAAAAGUAAUUGCGUUAGUAACUCAGUUACCUGAAUGUAAGAGUAAUUAGUUACUUGGCAAAGUAACUGGUGAUAAUCUUCAUGUUUUUUUUUUUCUCAAAAAAAAAAAAAAAAAAAAAAAAAAAAACAGGUCACACAAUGUGAAGUUUAAAGGGCUUUUGGGACAAUUGGCCCUAGCCCAAUUCAUGUGUAAGUUUUAAAACUGUUUCAUCAUUUAAAGAUAGAUUUAAGUUAAGUUUUGCCAAUUUAGGAGUAUUUUAGAUAAAAUGUUACUUAGGUUCGCUAGGAAGGUUCUCUACAACAGAGCUUUCUUGAGAAGUCUACUGCUUUAAGAUGGCGGCUGUUUACUAAUGCAUCUAGUUCUUUAUUAUACUUGUUGCUAAUACCGCCGUGUCUGUCAUUUGCAUCUAGUUCUGUAUAUAUGUGAUAUCUACCGAAGCAUAAUGUGGGCGUAGUUUGCAGGCUAUCGGCUACAGUCAGGUAUUAUUGGAGCCACCUAGCAUAGUAACAUCGCGUUUGCAAGGGCGUCACACUCUCUUGCCUUCUCCCCACUCCUGCUCUGCUCUCUCGUCUCCGUGAGUCCAUCUUUUUCAGACUUUUAUCUCGUCACUCAACCAACAUCGCAACGCAUAGUAACGCACACCUUUCCCGCCUCAGUAACGGUGAAAUUGAGACAGUAUUGUAAAUCGUUGUAUUUCGAGCAUGUCGUCAUAGAGUAUGUCGAGACAAAUGACGUGUCAAAUUCUACGUCAGAUGUCGAAAGGAUCGUAUGUCGAGGUGUUUAUAUGUUGAGGUACCACUGUACUGUGCUUUAAAAAUAACUGAUGAAAUCUACAGGACACCAUCUACCAGUUUUAGCACACUAACUUUAGUCCAAUUAUUAUUAUAAAUUUACUGUCACAAGGCUGUGAACUUGGUGUACUGCCAUAAAGCAUGCCACUAUCCGUGAUCUCAACUAGCUGAGGCUGACCUGCACUUUAUCAGUAAUCAUAGGCAUCAUCUACUCCAAAUGAACACUUUUAAUGUUUUAGCACCCUUUUGUUCCCUCCGUAAAAUUAGCUUUAACUUUUGAGUCAACAUUAUUUAAGUUGUAAACUUUUAUUAGUGGAUUGCUUGGGGCCAGGAACCCCUGGACAGUUUUAUUAAAGGAAAGGAACUAUCAUAUCAUUUACUGCACCAGUUAGAGCUUACGCAUGGCCGUGGUGCAAUACUUGUGCAGUUUCCAAACUUUCCAUUUAUUGAAAACACAAAUCAACCCGAGUCCCACCAUGAUCAAGUAACCCUGAAUGCUCCCCUUUGGGGUUGUUGUCAUCGACCUUUGAUGACUCCCUGGAAACACCAGUGAGGCCUCCUCGCCCCCAAUUUUAAUUGAACCACAAGGUUUACUGUGAACGCUGAUUUUUUUUUUUUUUUUUCGAAGCUGUAAAGCAUUGACACAAACUGGCUUACUACGACUUUGAGGACAAUUUAAGCCUUGUAGGAUUAUGCCUCCUUUUUCCACAUUACCCUCAACAGGUUUCAAUGGACCACAACAACCCAAUGCUGUGAAUAUGACUAAAACAAUGGGUCUGAAGGGAUCUGGUUGGUAUCACACCGGCAAUGUUUUCGGUUUCUGUUUGUCAACAUGUAAAAUACGAUGGCUUAUUUUGGAGAACUGGUGUGAUUUCAAGUAUUUCCUUGCUGCAGUGUAAACAGGGUGGAACAGUCCUGCAUUCUAAGGGAGGCCUUGGAAAAGACUUGGCUGACAAGAAUCUGCUGCAGCUCUUUUGGAAUAUUUGUCGAUUUAUUUAAAACAACAGGAAUGUAAUCAUCAAUCACUAUCAGGAACAGAAGAGCUCUGAAAGUGUGGAAAAUUUUAAUCAUUUUAAGCCUUAGCUAAAAAUCUGCUGCACAGAUUUCUUUCAAGGUUGCCUUUGAUCUGGACAGGCAGAAUCAAAUAUGGAGAAGCACAACAGAAAACAUUUUAGUCAACACCAAGUUGUUCCCUCUGGUCUCAAAUUGGUUAAAGGUUUGCAGAGUCUGACCGUUUCCUACAUUGUUCAAACAUUGAAAAAUCUAAGCCUUGAGCAAAACCCACUUCGCCUAUUGGUUGCCGAAUUGUAAAAACAAAAUUGUCCUUCGUUGAACACAUAUGACACAGCAGAGUCGAUUUGUCACCAGUUUGAUUGGGUGAAGCACUAAUUUUGAGGAACACAUUCACACCAGGAUAAACAAAUAUUAAUUAUGGUAAAUUAAUUUGGCACAUGGUCUCCUUGGUUUAGGAUCAUACGUAGAAACUAGUUCCGAAGUGAUGGUUAAUGGCUUAAAUGUUGUGUCCUAUACCAAUAGUCAUUGGUUUAAUAGCUUAGGAAACAAAAGCUUUUGAUUCCUGCUGGUUUAUACCCAGUGGUGGAAUGUAAAGAACUAAAAAUACUUCAUUAUCGUACUUUAACUUUAAAGUCUUUUUUUGUGUAUCUGUACUUUACUUGAGUAGAAAUAUGAAGUGGCACUUUUCAGUUUUACUUCACUAUAUUUUACGGCACGUAUCUUUUGCUUCACUACUUUUCAAAUUGUCGCCUACGUUACACGUUACGUUUGUUGGUUGUUGUUUUUUUUCUAAUUGUAAAUUGAUAGUUUAAUUAUCAUGCCUCCGGCACAAUCAAUAAGCCAGGUGAAAUGAUACCGUGAUUGAGCACUAGAGGCAGCAAUACGAGUACAAACAAGAUUACGCAGGUCAACAAGAUAUUGACCAAUAAAUUAAAUUUUAAAAAAAAACAAUGAGAGCAGCACGCCUUCAGAUUGGUGCUGCACACUCUACAGUAGGUGGGAGUAUGCACCUGAUAGUUGCUUGCAAUCCACCAUUAACUUAAAUUUUGGAGGUUUUUUUUUUUUUUUUUUUUUUUUUGCUUAUCAAACUUCUGUUUACAGUGUAGUCAAUUGUAUUGGUUGUCCCCCCCCCCCCAUUCUGCAUAAUUUUAAAAAGUGAAAAAUAAAGUGUUAAUAUUGUGGGUGCAAAAGUACUG